CCUUCUUGGAGUUCACAUCGAAAGCAGCAGAGCAGCAACAGGAGCAACAAGUGACCCCAGAGUCCAAGGAUCAGAUCACCUCUAACCCCCAAAGAGUCAUCACAUUUAUUUGCUCAGCAAAUAGUUGCCAAAAAAAAAAAAAAAGAAACAAAAAUUGUUACCCUCAGGUUGACAUAAUUCCUGGCGCCAGAGAUUCACCUGUUUUACCGACGUCAACUCAAUUGCCGGCAAUUUGCAGUCCCCAAAACUAGACGGAAAGUAUCGUCCAUCAAAAACACCUAGAAAAAUGAUGAAGUUCGUGCAGAUAUUAUUGUGCUACGGCCUGUUCCUGGCUCUGCUCUUUGCCCUCACCGAGGCCCGGCCCUCGGCAGGCGAAACAGGACCCGACUCCGAUGGUCUCGAUGGCCAGGAGGCGGAGGAAGUGCGCGGGGGCGGCUAUGGCGGCGGUUAUGACAUGCCGGCUCAGGCCAUCUAUCCCAACAUACCCAUGGACCGACUACAGAUGCUCUUCGCUCAGUACAGACCCUCUAGUUACAGCGCCUACUUGAGGAGCCCCACCUAUGGCAAUAUGAACCAGCUGUACCGACUGCCAGAGACCAAGCGCCAGGUGAGGUACCGGCAGUGCUACUUCAAUCCCAUCUCCUGCUUUAGGAAGUAAAUCCCAGCGAGCCUGAUGAUGAGCAUCCCUAGCCAACCAACCAACCAACCAACCAACCAGCCCUUGGAUAAAUUAACCUUUUAAGCAUUUCAACCGAAAACCAAAGAAUUAAGCAAAUCUAAAUUGAAUUUUAGCUAAAUGGAUCAGCAAAAGUGUAACGGAAAUAUGUAGUGCAAUUAAACUAAAGCUAAGACUCAACCUAUAUCCAUAUGAAUUAACGAACAAAUAUAUAUAUACAUAUAUUACAUAUUUAAAUGUUUCAAAGAUGAGAGGGAAAAAUGCUCCAUUGUAGUUUCGUAAAAGAUACACCAUUUGACGAAGAGAGGUAUUUAUUUGAAUAUUAGCACAAGAACCUAAGGAAUAUAUCCUCUUUAUUUGAUCUUUGUUUCUUGAUUUACGCUUUGCAUAUGGUGUGGUAAAAGAAAAUACUUACAAUGCUUUUCAAGCUAUUUAAAUAUAUAUAAACAUCUAUAUAUAGCAUUGAUAUAUGCUUUUCCUAGUUUAAGUGUCCCAGCUCUUGUAUGAUACCACGAAAGUAAAACGGAAAAUUCCAAAUACGUAUAAUAUAAAUCUCUAAAAUGAAAUUAUAAAUGUAUACGUAUGAAAUAAAUGCGCCCAAAUGUUAAAUAAUAAAUGUGUUAUUUAAAGCAUUAGGCGGGAAAGCAAA